AUGGCCUCGACUACAACACCGCAGGAGGCCAUGCACCGGGUGGAAGUUGAGUUGCGGCGUUGGGAGCAACAACGACAGAACCAGCAGCGCAUGCUGCAACUCUUAACAGCCAUUGUUGAGACGUUGGAGACCACCAUUAUGGGUUAUUUCUCGCUCUCGCCUCCGUCUCUUUCUUCAAUUGCCUCUUGGGAUGCAAAUGACGCAGCGAUGACGCUUGGUCCGCCAAUACAGGCUGCACUUGGUGGUGUUCUGCAUACCCUGGCAAGAUCACAACACUCUGUUACUGAGGCAUGCCUGCGAUUCUCCUGGCGUGUACAGGCUGUUGAUGAGAAAGUGCAAUGUCUCCGUAACAGUGUCGCAAACGGUGCUUUGCUUGUACGAAAAUGCAUGGACACACAGAGAUGCGAACGCGCCUUGAAUGCGCUUCUCUUGGCCGCCCUGUCAAUUAUUGUGCGUUCCGGUUGCGAUGUUACUCAGGACAUGGCAGAGGGCUUCAAAACAGAGCAUUCAAGCGAGCAAGAAGAACAAGGGGUGCCGCCUCUUCUCCCUGCUUCAGGUGUCUCGUCCUGUAGCAAUGCCUUGCGGAAGUAUUGGCAAAAUGAAGAACAGGCUUUUUCUGCAGCUAUAUCUGACGUCACUGAGGUCUACCACUCUGCUGCGUACACCACAUGCAGGCUGCUACGGUCCUCAUUGCUGGAGACGCUCUCUGCACAACGGUGGUUUCCUUCGCCGAAAGCGUCUCGCGCACGGCAUGCGGCACGUUGCGCGUGGUACCGUGAGAUAAAUGAGGCCACUGCACGGCGUCGGGCGGCGCAGAAGACCAAAUGGGAGCGCCACGAAAGAGCGGCGGGGGCUCUUUUAGAACGUGAAUGGUCCAUGCUAGUUGCGGAAGACACAAACGGGAAGGUAAAUUAA